CCCGCCCCCUCCAUCGCCUCCUGCAUCAUCACUUCCGGUAACCCCGCCGGCCGCUAGCUCCGGGAGGGAGAGAAUGGGAGAGGGGCGGGGACGGGAACGAGGACGGUGACGUCAUGACGUACACAAGGACGUCCGAAGCCGUCUCCAAUGAGUCUGAAGAUGACAACAGCAACACGACAAGAAGUCCUUGGCCUCUACCGAAGCAUUUUCAAGCUUGCACGAAAAUGGCAGGCAGCAUCAGGGCAGACAGAAGACACCAUCAAAGAAAAACAGUACAUACUAAAUGAAGCCAGAACACUGUUCCAGAAAAACAAAAAUCUCACAGACCCAGACCUGAUUAAACAGUGUAUAGAUGAAUGCACAGCCAGGAUUGAGAUUGGACUGCAUUACCGGAUUCCUUAUCCAAGGCCAAUCCAUCUGCCUCCAAUGGGUCUUACCCCACUACGAGGUCGGAGACUUCAAACCCAGGAGAAACUGAGAAAACUUUCCAAACCAGUGUAUCUGCAGUCUCAUGAUGAAGUUUCCUAAUGGAGAGGACAGUUGACUUUUGAGAAUGAUGAGCUGACUCAGUUUUGAAUGUAAAUCAGGCAACAUGACCUUCUUAAUUAGAAGCAAAAACAACACUUCUUUUAGACCUCCACAGUUGGUCCUCACCAGUGACAUGUGGCUGUAAGCAUUCCCAAGGUUUUUCAGGGUCUUGCUGCUGCCUGACUGAUGACAUUGGCCCUAGAAAUCAUGGACCUUACAUCUUAACUCGUCAUCCUUGGGAGCAAGUCUAAGGCUUGUGGAGGAGGGCUGACGGCACUGCCAUUCAGUACACAUCAACUGAUGCAAAGGGAUUAGGUGGUUGCUGCAAGUUCACAUGGCUACCAAAUCAUGUUGCUCCCAAAAUAGAGGUUUAUCCACAAGUUAUUAAUUUGCUUAAAAGUGCUUUCUGUAUAGAAUUUUUCAUGGUCUCCUGACUCAUAAUUUCCAGAUUA